AUGUUUAACGACGAUGAUUUAUUUGGUUUCGGAGGGAUCCAUAGGGUUAUGCAUAAUCAGUUCCGAGAAAUGGAUAGGAUGAUGAACGCCAUGAUGGAUCCGUUCGGAAUGAUGAUGGGAGGAAUGGGUAUGAUUGAGGGUCCCUACGAGCGGCAACCAGCUCAUCGUGCGCUUGCUCGGCCUUUUGAUCCUUUUCGCGGUUUUGGAGGAUUAUUUACAGCAAUGGAAGACCUGCAAGAACGUGCCAUGAAUGAUCCGCAUUCUCAAGUCUACACGCAGUCAACUAUGGUUACAUUUGGUCAAGAUGGGCAACCUCGUGUUGUCGAAAAUUCUGUUCGAAAAAGUGGCGAUGUCAAAGAAACAAGAAGGAGCCUUCGCGAUGGUACACGGGAAGAGAUGUCUAUCGGACAUACUAUUGGCGAUCGCACUCACAUUAUUGAGAAGAAAAGGGACAAAGAUGGAAGUGAUCGACGUCAACAACGAUUUGUGAAUUUGGAUGAAUCUGCUGCAGAAGACUUCGAUCGCGAAUUCCAGUCGAGAGCAAGGGCAAAUAUGGGAUAUAGUGCGAGCAACGGUAGACGUGCAUUAAGUGAUAGUUCAUCAGGGAGCUAUCGCCAUCGUUCAGCAGAUGCUGCAGGCCGUUCGCGAACAGGAGAUAAUGCGCCAAUUAUAACGUUGCCAGACGAUGAUGAAGAAGAGGAUACUAGGUCUACUCGUGCCAGAACAACUGCUGGAACUAGUCGUCGCACUAACACCGGUGGCUAUUCUGGACCAGUGAUUCGCGAAAUAAGUGAAGAGGAGGCGGAGUCAAGUAUCCCGAAGCGUCGAAGAGGAUUUGGAGGCUUUUUUUCGAGCGAAUGA